AUGCCAAGGCAGCCAGAGCACUCGCAAAACGGGAACCUGGCGCGAGCUGCAGGCUGCUGGGCGCUGACGGGGCCGCACUCCGUGCAGGGAACCGUCGGGGGGUCCCUCUCAGUGUCCUGCAAGUAUGAGGAGGGUUUGGAGACAAAUGAGAAAUUCUGGUGCAAACCGGGAAGCUUUCUUUCCUGUGACGGUCCUUACAUCAUCGCGACAUCGGAGCAUAAAUCCUUCGCGCAUAAGGAACGAAUCUCCAUCGUAGAUGACCAAACUCGGCAAGUGUUCACGGUGACCAUGAGGAAUCUGACCACAGGGGACACGGGUACCUACCGGUGCGGGGUGGAGAGGACACUUCUUAAUGACAGACACACAGUGAAGGUGAACGUGUUUCCAGAGAAGAGCAGGGAGGUCUCCUUAGGUGGCGAGUGCGGUGGCACCGCAGUCCUGCCCGCGGCUGAGCUGACCUCGCGUGCCGGCUGCGCACGUGUGCGUGUCUGCCGCGCUGGCAAGCGCUCACACGCCGGGUCUGAGGCCACAUGA